CCCGCCCUCUCCGCGGCGCUGCGCGACAUCCGCGCGCAGUACGAGAAGCUGGCGGCGCGCAACAUGCAAAACGCCGAGGAGUGGUUCCGCAGCCGCUUCACGGUGCUCAGCGAGAGCGCCGCCAAGAACACCGACGCCGUGCGCGCCGCCAAGGACGAGGUGUCCGAGAGCCGCCGCCUCCUCAAGGCCAAGACGCUGGAGAUCGAGGCCACCCGCGGCAUGAACGAGGCGCUGGAGAAGCAGCUGCAGGAGCCUCGACCGCCGCCGGGGUGGGGGUGCCUGGCAGCAUCGCCCGGAAAGCUAGCACUGCUUCACCCUUCAUGCCCGUCUCAUAAAAAUGCGAGAUGGGAUGGGCGAAUUUCCUUGCAAGGCGUUGUUGCUAGACAUGGGAGAAUUUUAUGCGCUCAAUGUUGUUGCUUCCAACAGGAUACAAUCAACAAAUUGGAGAACGAGUUAAGAACCACGAAGAGUGAAAUGGCUCGGUACUUAAAGGAAUACCAAGAUCUACUUAAUGUGAAAAUGGCCCUGGACAUUGAAAUUGCAGCAUAUAGGAAGUUACUGGAAGGUGAAGAAACCCGACUCAGCUUCACUAGUGUUGGAAGCAUCACCAGUGGCUACACCCAGACUGCCCCCACUUUUGGCAGGUCUGCCUACAGUGGUCUCCAGACCAGCUCCUAUUUGAUGACAACCCGUACCUUCCCCACAUACUACUCCAGUCAUGUCCAGGAAGAACAGAUUGAAAUAGAGGAAACAAUUGAGGCUGCUAAAGUGGGAGAAGCCAAGGCAGCUGCCCCUACAGAAGAAGGUGAGGAGGAGGAGAAAGGGGAAGGUGAGGAAGAAGCAGGAGGUGAAGAGGCUGAAGAAGAGGAGGAAGGUGCCAAGGAAGAAUCAGAAGAAGCCAAAGAGGGUGAAGAAGAGGAAGGAGGAGAAGGGGAAGAAACAGCAGCUGAAGAAGGAGAGGAGUCCCAAGAAACUGCUGAGGAAACUGCUGAGGAGGAGAAGGAAGAGAAGGAAGAGAAACAACCAGCAGGAAAGGAAGAGAGUGAAGUGAAGAAGAAAGCUUGAUUUAGACAGUCCAGCUUCCUCAUCAGAUCAAUAGAGUAACCAAUAAUUGACUGAGCUAAAAUUGCAGUCUCACAUAUUUAAUUCAGUGACCACUGAGGUUUAGUUAAUGAUCUAUGAUGUUUCUCUCCAUGCAGAGUAUCAGUAUGCUUGCAGAGUGCCCACUGGCUUGCUUCCUGAAUGCUGCAUGGUCUACACGUAUGAAUUCAGGAGUUAUGUCCUGCUUGGGUGAUUCAGAA